ACAAACUCUUGUUGUUUAAUUCAGCUUAUGCCUAUUCUUAUUAACUGAUAUAUCAUUGUUUUAGUAAAAACUGAUAAAUAUAAAAGUAAUGACAUCGCAUGCUCAGCCUAUGGAAACUCAUGAUGAUUUAUCGGAAGUUUUUACUAUAACACAAGCAAAGAUGUUACGUUUAGAAAAUGCUCACUUGAUGAAACUUUUCGAAGAGGCAAGUAACACGCUGACAAUGUACAAAUUGGGGAUAGAGAAAAUUAAAAGACUGAUUGAUAGCGAGGUUGAAGCUGUUAAAAGAUAUCUGAUUGAAAAACAACAAGAUCCAUUUCUUAAAAGAUUGAUGGAUGCCAUGCUUCAGUUACGAGAACUAACUCUUCUUAUAAACUUAUCAAGUAAUCAAGGAGUCGAACGUCUAGAUGAGAGAGGCAAAGAUCACAAGAAAGACGGACAUGAAAGUACAAUCUCAUAUACAAUAGUGCACGAGAAUGCUGAAAGUGCUGCAUCAAGCUCACCAAGUUUUGAAAGAUAUAAACCGCAAACCGAUCCAAUCAAAUUAAACCCAACUUCAAUAUUUAAUAAAGGAUCCACCGAGAAAGCUUCUUUUGCUGAAACUACUUCAUCUGUUGCAAUGUGUUCUAAUACAAGCAGUUUAAAUGCUGUUUCAUCAGAUUUAAACUGUCCGUUCUGCAAUGUACAUUUCUCUGUGAAGAGAGAUUUAACUCGACACAUUCGAAUUCAUACUGGUGAGAAACCAUUUGGUUGUAAUAUUUGUGGAAAAUCGUUUGCUCGAAAGGACUUUUUAAACAAACACAUACGUGUUCACACAGGUGCGAAACCUCACCAUUGCACUGACUGUGGAAGAUGUUUCUCUCAACGUUCAAACUUAACUAAACAUAUGAUAACACACAGAAAGAAUCAUCAAUUCUCUUGCUCAACAUGCCAUCGAACUUUCCACCAUCAUCAAAUCAACCUGAAAAGACACGAGACGAUGCACUCAAGUAAAGGUUAUACAUGCAAGAUGUGUGUCAAACAGUUUUUAAAUAAAUCUUCCCUCCAUCCACCUUCUGAACAACCAAGAGAAAGCGAAUAUAUUGUUGCAGCUUUGCCCCCAUCUUGAUUUAUGCGUUCUGGAGUAAUAAAAGAUUUGAAAUAUUUUUUAAAAAAUAUACCUUAGUUGCUGGAAUAAGUUAUGAUUUUAGAAAAAUAGCCCAGCAAAAUUUUACCAGAUGAGUUUUGUAUUGUUUUUUUGUACAUUAAAAUAACUUACAGAGAACAAGAUUUUGUAUUUUAAAAAAAAUAUUUAUAUUUUCUUUUAUAAUUUAUGUUUUCAUUGCAAUUUUUUGUUUGUUUGUUUGUUUGUUUGUUUGUUUGUUUUUAUCAGAAACCAAAGGAAGGUCUUAAUAGUCUAUAGGUUUUUUAUUUUAUUUUUUGUAUUUUUAUUGAGAAUGAAAAGAUUUUUAUUUGAAUGUUAAAUAUUGAGCUUGCAAGUCUUUUCUAGUCAAAAAUUUGUGUGUACCUAACACCUUAAAAUUUGCUUUAAAGGUUAUGUUGUCUUGAAAACUGAAGACUGUGUAAGGAAAAAAUUGUGCAUAAUUUUAUGCUCUCAAAAAGGCUUCAUUGUGUCCAGUAAAUAAACUGCACUGGUAAAAGCUUCUAAUAAUGUUAAUCUUGGUGCUUCGUUUCAAGAAAAAUGGAUCUGUGAUUUUACGUGCCUUGUGUGUGGCAUACAUAAAGUGAAAAAAAGCAUCAGCUUGCACAUUAAGUUUUCAUUCUUUGGUUAAUUCUGUGAAACUUGUUGUUUUAAUUAUAUUGCCAAAUUACUUCACUUCUUAUUUCUCUAACCGGGAAU